AUGGAGAGAAGACGCUCUUCCUGCAGCAACUCACUACCAGGCAGUGAAGCGCAGAUACGCCUGUGCCCUGAGAAAUCCGAGGAAUCAUCUACCGAUGAACUAAGCAAGAAGUUGCCACCCGUCGAUGGAGGCUUUCAAGCAUGGAUGUUUCUGGCAGCCUGUGUAAUGCUUGAGGCUCUGAUAUGGGGCUUUGCUUUUGCAUUCGGAGUCUUCCAGAAAUACUACCAUGCCCACGAAGCCUUCCAGGACUCUAAUAUGGUAGCUGUUAUUGGAACAUGUGCCACGGGAAUAUCCUAUUUGAGUUGUCCACUAGUCAUUGUUUCUAUGAUCCUCCUCCCUCAAUGGGGCCGUUGGUUCUCAUCUUUCGGACUGAUCAUCAUGUGUCUUUCACUGGCAUUGGGCUCGUUUUCUUCCAAUAUCACUCACCUUGUUCUCUCCCAAGGAGUUGGCUUCGGAAUCGGCGGCUGUAUAGCAUACAGUCCAUCCAUUCUGUAUAUGGACGAGUGGUUCGUCAACAGACGAGGACUCGCAGAAGUUAUUGACUCGAUUCGGAUUCGAAACAACGCUUAG